CUGUUGGCUGGUAUACCUAUUCACCUAGCGGGAUGGCCCAUCUUCAUUUUAACAUCGGGUCAUUUAACUUUACGCAUCCUGUCUACUUUACAGAAUCUUCUAGAAUCCCAGAAUCAGCGAACAAAUAAACAUUUUUGUUCUACUCCAUCCCCCUCGCCUCCCGCCGACGGUUUCAUACCAGUUCGCGUAACUGAAACUACUGUACUUCCUCCAGGGACUGAGACGUUCGUUUCUUGCGUAUCUGUGCUACCGCAACCCUCCGCCCUUAUCCUAAUCUCUCAGGCAUCCUCAAUCACCGAGAAAUCUCUCAUGGUUUCCCCAGCAGUAAUUAACUCUGGCAGUGCCCAGGUUCUCGUUGCCAACCCA